CGUCCGAGGGAAGAGCCUGGACAGCGCGGCCAAUGGGAAAGGCCGCCUCUGCUUCCCGGGGCGGGGGCAAAGGGCAUGCGUGGCGGGCGCCCCGCUCGAGGGGGAUUCCGGCGGAGACAUGGAGGCGGGCGGUGUCCAGGGAUUUCCAUCAAUGAAGACCUUUGUCCAGGUGGCUGAAACUGGGGUCUCCAGCCCUCAAUUCAUGACCCUCUGCUCUUGGCUGGUGUCAGAGCUCCGAACCCUUUGUCAGCUGGAGGAGGAUGUCAGCCCCACACAGGGACCUGAGGAUGCCGAGACAUUUCAGAUUGAAAUAAGUGGCCUACUCAGUGAGUUGCAUUGCCCGUAUCCUUCAUUGACCACGGGGGACGUAUUGGCUAGACUCAGCACCCGAGACAACUGCCUCCAGCUGCUGUAUUUCUUGAGCUCGGAGCUCCUCGCAGCCCGGCUCCAGGCCUGGAAAAGGGUCCAGUCAGCAAAGCAAACCGACAAAAACAGUGAAGCUCUGCAGGAGUUCCACCAUAUCGGCCAAGCCCUGGGGCUGCCUGAGCCGGGCCCAGCUUCCUCUGUGGGUCAGGUUAUGGAUGACAUUGGAUCCCAGAUUUCGGAGGUGAUCUCUGCACAGCCCCCCGAGCACCAGCGGAUGGCCCCGCUCCUGAAGGCCCCGCUGACCUCCGAGCAGUGGAAAGCGCUGGAGGAUAUUCACGAAGUGCUGCGGGUGGAAUACCAGUGCCGCAGACGUGUGAUGCUCACCCGCUUUGACGUCACGGUUGCGUCCUUCCAUUGGUCUGAGAGGGCGAAGGACCGGAGCCUGGCCAUGUCGGAAGCCUUCCAGCCCUUACGGCAGACUCUGCCAGAAGAUUCCCAGAUCUCCCUUGCCCACCUGCUGGCCGCCAGGGAGGACUUUUCUCGUAUUGUUAAGACCAGCAGCGGCUCCUUGCGGAAUAAGACCAGUUGUGCCAUCAACAAGGUGUUGAUGACAGGCAGCAUCCCAGACCGGGGAGGGCGUCCAAAUGAAAUUGAGCCCCCCAUGCCCACCUGGGAGAAGAGGAGAGAGGGAGGUGGCGGCGGCCAGCACUGGGGUAAACGGGGCAAGAAGAAGAAGAAAUAAGGAAGAGGGUAUUGCUGCGGGCUGUGGUGGGGUGGGGUGGGGUGGCAUGGCCAGAAAUGGAGAGGAGGGGGGCAACGGGUUCUCACUGAAAGUGCUCGAUUUUUCCGUCCUCCAGGGUGGAGGCAAGGCGGCUUUAAAUAAGGCUGUGGUUCUUUGGACCGGAUGUGCUGUAAGUCAGCUCCCAUAAUCCUGGCUGGGGGUUUAGGGGAAGCACAGUUCCAGACAGACCUGGAGGGCACCAGGUUGGGGAAGGCUGGCUGCGUGCCAUACCAGCUGGGUUGCUUUAAAGGUUAGGAAGCUGCUAAAUAUUUGUGGGCUGCUUGGAAUCAAAAUCAGAGCAGGUUGUACUUGGACUCCCCACCCCCACCCCAAGGUAAAAGUCAGUCUAAAUGUCAUGGGAACGGAAUGGGUGCAUUCUAGUAGAGGGAGGACAAGGCCAAUGGGCUAUGCUCUAGAUUUUUCCUGAGAAUUUUCUUGUAAAGAAAUUAAAGGUUCUAAAUUGGGAAUCCGUUAAUUCGGAAGCUGGCAUGUAUAAGGUCUUGCCUGUGUCACAAAGCCAGUUUGGCCCACUCUGAGGGGGCAGUACUGGAGGGAGAGGUGCCUCUUCUCUCCUUGUGGAUUACCGUGGUUUUUGAACCUGAUGCUUUUUAGAGGUGUAGGACUGCUCUGCUACCCAUCCGCUAGCUUCUGUGGCUGGGAAUAAGGGAACUGUGGUCUGUAUACAUCUGGGUGGUGAUACACGAUGAUGGCCCAGUGGCCUUUUAUAUUAAAAAGGGGGUUGUCAGAUUUUGCUUGGGGGAUGGGGCAAGUCAGCUUGGUUGAAAUUUAGCCCUCUGGGAUCAGUGUAGAACAGCUGGUAUCUCUGAUACAAUAUUUUCUCAAUUUAAUUCAAGAGUAA